AUGGAUCAGACUCCGAACUCAGCCUCCGUGCCAUCAGAGAGAGACAGAAUUCGACUCCACAUCCUGUCCCCGAACUCUCCUUCUGUAACCUUCAAUGACUUCCCUACCUCUACUACUUUGGCAGCUUUGAAAAGGAUUAUACACGAGGCAUCGCCAGCGCACCCACCGAUUGCUCUGCAGCGAAUAAUUUACCGGGGUCAUCCUAUUGUGCAAAUCGAGAGGACCUUAAAGGAAGUCUUCAGCCAGGCAGUGAUAAACGACAAUGAAGUUUUGACAUUACACCUGGUCAUAUCCGCACAGCAUCCUCAUCCUCGUACUGUUCCGAACCCCAUUCGUACACCGCCACCUCAGCCAAGCCAGUCACCACAGUCCGUUCCUCAGGUUCAACAUGGAGUCAAUGCGAGGCCUCAAUCAACGCCCUCUACCACCCCAUCAGAUAUUGGAGUUCAGCAACCGUCACCUCAGAUGCAACUAUCACCGCAAUUGCAGCAACAGUUCCAACAAUUUCAUGCCCUUCAAGCGCAGCUAGCAGCUCAAAUGGCGAAUCUCACUAAUCAUCCUAUCGUGCAAGCCCAGGCCCCACAGCCUAAUACUAAUCCCUCCUCAUUACAGCCUCAGCAGUCCGGCCAACAGAGUGGAUUAUUGGCGCAGAAUCUGAUACCACAGCACCAUGUCAACCCGGCACUAAGCGGCCAACAAAUUCCAUCUGGUCCUUACCUCCCAUCUCACCAGAAUGUCAAUACAACAUAUCGAGAGCAUAUUGGUCCAAAUGGACAGCGGUGGUUCACGAGGACUGAAACGGCAAAUGUCACCACGCAAUUUCACAUUCAUCAGAAUGCUCACCCUCACGCGCAAACCCCAGCUGGGGGGACACCGAGCAUCGGAAAUGGUCACACGACAGAGACUGCGUCGAACAACCCUGCCACAGUACCGUCCAUGAAUUCCGUGCAAACUCCAUCCAGAAUCCAAGGAGCACCCAUCCCUCUUCGACCGCCAGAAAACCCGGGUUCUUCUUCAGUUUAUUUGCUUUCAGCACCCAAUGGGAGGCCCCACGCGCUCCUUGUCUCGCCGAAUGGCACCUUCUCCGCCCCUUGGCCAAGUCCAAUCUUUCCAGGCUUUGCCAGCCAUCCCACAGUCACAAGCGCCGUACCCAAUAUGUCGGGCGUCAUAGGUGCUUCAAUCAUGGCGAACCCAAUUGGCCAUCAAUCAAAUCAAGUAAACUCCGUCCCAGCGCCUUUGCCAAAUGCCAACGUGCAGCAAGGACAAAACAAUGCUGUGCAGAUAGUACCAUUGCCAGCUCAAGCCGACAAUGGCAACGCACCCUUCAUAAACCAACAGCAACGUAGAGAAUUUGCUCGUAUUGUGUUGCCAAUGGCAGGACAUCUGUGGCUUCUUAUCCGACUUUUCGGUUUUGUGUACUUUUUCACACACGGGGCAAGUCUAACGCGAACUAUGAUUCUCUGCUCUUUAGCUACACUUGUCUUUCUGGCUCAACUGGGGACCUUUCGUGGCUUGUGGGAACCUAUAAGGCGACAUGCGGAUAAUUUAUUUGCUUUGGGAGGAAAUGAGCAGCCAACCCGUCAGCCUAGGAGAGUUGAGCCCAUCCCUGAAGCUGCGCAGGGGCGGCAGGGAGAGCCAGCGCCACAAGAAGCUGCACAAAGAAUGUUUGAUGAGAGAGCGCAGCAAAACGGCAAUGUGUUUCAGCAGACAUUACGUCGAGCCGAGAGGGCGACGGCACUUUUUCUGGCCAGUCUGGCUCCAGGAGUGGCGGAACGACACAUCAGAGCCCGGGAAGCAGCUGAAGCGGCAAGACAGCAAGAUAUUAGAGAACGCGAAGAAAGAGAGAAACGGGCAGCAGAGGAGGCUCGAGAAGCAGCUCAAUCAAGCACAGGAGAAGGAGCUUCAUCUGUUUCAGAUCCGACUCCAAGCGUGCCACAAGGUCUAUCCGAUGGCCGUGGUCGUGGGACCGUUGACCUGCAAGUGAUCUUCAACAUUGAUAGGGAUGAUCCACACAAAUGUCGAGCACUGCUCAACGAUGGCGAAUGGCUCGACUACCCAGACUCAUCUUCAGACUUCCCGUCGUUCCUGAACUGGCAGCCGGCAGGUUGCAUGCUGCAUCGUUAUCAAGCGAAAGACAUGGAACAGUGCCUUCAAGGUCGUCAAAUCUCCUUCAUUGGCGAUUCUUCGGUCAGGCAGCUCUUUUGGGCUACUUCUCGAAAGCUCGACGCCGCAAAAACCUAUGAAGACCAACAUAGGGCUCAAAAGCAUGGCGACAUAUUCAUAAAGCGGAAGGAGAUAGGCCUAAAUUUUAUCUGGGACCCAUAUCUCAAUUCAACCACACUGAGGCAACAGCUGCAGCUCGAAGCGGAUGCGAGUCAAGCCAAUUCAACGGAUCAGUCGACAGUAGUCAUCGUGGUGGGGGGUGGAAUGUGGCAUGCUCGAUACUUGGGAGCUGCCUUUUUAGAGCACUAUAGCGAAAGCGUUGGUGCUCUGCUUCCCUUCAUGCAUCAAACAACCCAAAUAGGUUUUCCAGUCGACUCAUAUUCUCUCAAAUUGCUGGUACCCUUGCAAAUACCAUGGUACGAAUCGCUCUCCGAAGAUCGGUACCAAACGAUCACCCCAUCAAGAGUGGAAGCCUUGAGCCAGCGCCUGGAUCAGCUGUCAUUUCAGCACGCUAUAUCGGUUCCAAGAGCCUUCUCCGCCAUGUAUCACAAAUUUCCCACGGCUUAUGAUGUCUCCGGACUCCACCUUGUCGACAAGAUUGGGGACAAAAUGGUUGACGUAAUCCUGAACCUGAAAUGUAACGCAAUUUUACCACAAAGAUAUCCCUUCAGCAAGACUUGCUGCAACAGAUAUCCCCCUCCUAAUUGGAUACAGGUCAUGAGUGUGGGCUUGUGUGCGAGCUUUACGAUCGUAGUGAGCGGUAGAAUUGUGAGAUCAAGAAGAACUCUUGCGAUGACACGUUUUCUUCCACCACAUACUGCUUCUAAAUCAUUUGUCGUCCUGGCAAUGGCUUUAUGCUUGUGCUACUUCUCGGAUCGAUCAUAUUUGUGGGACAAAGCGCAAAAGCAGUUUUCCAUUCGGGAAUUUUUGGCUCUGAUUUUCGCUACCACCUUAUUCGGAGCCUUUACGAUUCGCCAAUCGAAGCCACUGAGUGAUCUUCAAGACGUAGGUAUUCUAUUCCGAGACCAGACAGAUGAAUGGAAAGGUUGGAUGCAGAUCCUUAUACUUAUUUAUCAUUACACGGGAGCAAGUAGCCUACUCCCGAUAUACCAAAUGGUCCGGAUUUUGGUUGCCUCCUACCUCUUCAUGACAGGCUAUGGCCACACCAUAUUUUUCCUGAAAAGGAGUGAUUUCUCUCUCAAAAGGCUGCUAUCAGUCAUAAUACGACUCAAUAGCAUCAGUAUAACACUCCCCUACGUCAUGGACACGGACUACGUGUUUUACUACUUUGCACCUCUGACUAGUUUCUGGUACCUCGUGCUGUACAUGACCAUGUAUGUUCAAAAGGAUCGGAAUGCCUCUGCCACCUUCGUCGCAUCAAAGAUCGUGGUUUCGACGUUGAUUGUGAACUUCAUAAUCCAAAAAUCGGGAUUCUUUGAGGAAGUAUUCAGGCUUUUGCACAGCUGCUGUGCGGUUAACUGGGAUCUCAAGGAAUCACGUUUCAGACUUUUGCUUGAUAGCUAUAUUGUUCCUUUUGGGAUGCUGAGCGGCUUAUUCUAUAUCAAGGCUACGGAUAGCCUCGAGAAGGUCACUUACACAUGGAAUCUAAGGUUCCACAUAUGGCUCGCAGCAGACACGAGAGGAUUGCUUCGAACAGGCCUGUUUGGAAAGUACGGAGACUUCGUUCUCCAUAGCAUUAUAUUUGUGUGGCUGUCCAAAAAGGUGAAUGAAGCAACAAGUACUAUCACAGAUUGGAUUAUCGACCCUUCGAAAGUACGAGACAUGGAGGUCAUAGAGGGAGAUGAAAGUCAUGAUGCAGUAACUCCGGGAAAGAAGAGCGAGGAUCUACCCUUCACUAUGAAGCUAGCAAAGACUGUAGGCAAUGGAGCUGUGAGUUCAGUAGCGGCCGCAAAGAGCAAUGUCGGGCAGAGUUUGAAAUUGCGAGUAGCGAUGAUUAUUUUGCUGCUCUGGGCUCUCAAUCAGGCAAGCACAUAG